ACCAAAUCCAUUCAUCCAAGUUCAAAGAUGAAGAUGAUCCACGUUCUUUUCCUCUUUGCUCUUGUCUCGUUCACUUCCCAUGCUUCUGUCAAUGAUUUCUGUGUAGCAGACCUAAAAGGUCCAGAUAGCCCUUCAGGCUAUCAGUGCAAGCCACCUAACACAGUCACAGUGGAUGACUUUGUGUUCUCUGGCUUUGUAGCUGGAAACACCACAAACACUUUCAAUGCUGCAUUAACCUCCGCAUUUGUUACUGAUUUUCCAGGUGUGAAUGGUCUUGGUGUAUCUGUGGCACGGUUAGACAUAGCCAAAGGUGGAUCAAUCCCAAUGCACACACACCCUGCUGCCACUGAACUUCUAAUAAUGGUGGAAGGUCAAAUCACUGCUGGUUUUAUGACCCCAACUGCACUUUAUACCAAGACACUGAAACCUGGAGAUAUUAUGGUUUUUCCACAAGGACAGUUGCAUUUUCAGGUUAAUUCUGGAAACGGAAAAGCCACUGCUUUUCUGGCAUUCAGUAGUGCAAACCCUGGAGCACAACUACUUGACCUUCUGUUAUUUGGCAACACCUUGCCUUCUGACUUGGUUGCACAGACUACCUUCCUUGAUGUUGCACAAGUCAAGAAGGUUAAGGCUCGUUUUGGUGGCAGAGGCUAGGGUUUCUUAUGAAUCAACUCAUACCUAGUGUUUGUUUUAGUGAUAAUCGUCAGCAAUUAAUAAACUUGUGCAUUUGGGUGUGUUUUGCUUUCAUUUUAAGUUUGAUUCCAAACUUAUGAUUUGAGGGUUUGAAGUUUGACGAUGUAUAAAUAAAAAUUUUAGAGUUUAGUUUGAGUGCAUCAUUGAUUUCAAGAAAGUAAUUAAGAAAGAAAUCAAGAUGUUCACUUGAUUUCUUUUAUUAUAAUAAAAAUAAUAAUAUUUCAAACAA